AGUGAUAAUGGCAUAAUCUUAUCGGUUCUCUCCGUAAGCAUAAUCUUAUCGGUUUAGUGAUAAUGGAUAGUAAUAAUGAUGGAUAAUCUCCGCAAUUACUACUGUGACAUUUAAUGCAAUAUUCAAUCUCUAUAAAUACCAGGGCCCUGGCUAUGUACAAAGGAUCGAAUCAAUUGUUAGAGAUAAAGUUGUGGUGAUAUUUUUGUUGUUUGUUUGAAGGAUGGCGAUUGAUCUAUCACCAAAGGUGGCAAAGAAAGUAUACGGAGGAGAUGGCGGGUCUUACUGUGCCUGGUGCCCAUCUGACUUAGCAAUGCUAAGAGAAGGGAACAUAGGUGCAGCCAAGCUUGCCCUUGAGAAGAAUGGCUUAGCUCUUCCUCGUUACUCUGAUUCUGCCAAGGUUGCUUAUGUUCUUCAGGGAAAUGGAGUGGCUGGGAUUGUUCUUCCAGAGAAGGAAGAGAAGGUUGUUGCCCUUAAGAAGGGCGAUGCUAUUGCCCUUCCUUUUGGGGUUGUUACAUGGUGGUAUAACAAAGAGGACACUGAACUAGUUGUUCUUUUGUUGGGCGACACCUCUAAAGCCCACAAAACUGGUGAAUUUACUGAUUUCUUUUUGACUGGCUCCAAUGGCAUUUUCACUGGAUUCUCUACCGACUUCGUGAGCCGAGCAUGGGAUGUAGAUGAGGAGGCUGUGAAGUCCCUUGUUGGGAACCAGACAGCCGAGGGCAUCGUCAAGCUUGAUGAAUCGUUUGGGAUGCCUGAACCGAAGGAAGAACACCGCGAGGGAUUUGUGUACAAUUGCGAGGAAGCUCCACUAGAUGUUGAUAUUAAGGGUGGUGGAAAGGUGGUUGUUUUGAAUACCAAGAACCUUCCUUUGGUUGCUGAGGUUGGGCUCGGUGCUGAUCUUGUAAUGUUGGAUGGAAGUGCGAUGUGCUCUCCUGGUUUUUCCUGCGACUCGGCAUUACAAGUGACAUACAUUGUCAGUGGCAGUGGCCGUGUUCAAAUUGUCGGUGUUGAUGGUCAUAGGGUCCUGGAAACUACGGUGAAGGCUGGUCAUUUGUUCAUUGUUCCAAGGUUCUUCGUCGUUUCAAAGAUUUGCGAUCCUGAUGGGAUGUCAUGGUUCUCCAUCAUCACCACUCCCAACCCUAUAUUCACUCACUUGGCUGGAAGGACUUCAGUGUGGAAGGCUUUAUCUCCUCAAGUGCUAGAGGCAUCCUUGAAGGUAUCUCCUGACGUCGAGCAGCUUUUCCGUUCCAAGAGAGUGAAUGAGGAAAUUUUCUUCCCACCUCCAAAGUGAGGAAUCAUAGCUUCAUUUUCACCCCUACCCAAUAAGAAUUUACAGAGUUCCCUCCUUCAAUAUCAGUGGAUAUAGGCAUUUAUGCCAGUAGUUUCAAUUCUCUCAUGGAUUAUUAUCAUUUUAUGAUAUGGGUUUUGCUUUGAUUA